AAGGUCGUUUGGAUGUUGCGUUGAACACUUCUGACAUCCGAUUCACCAUGGAUUCACUUCACAAUAAACGCAGACAAGCAGCCUCAAUCACCGAGCCCUCUCUUGGAGCGCCUCCUCCUUCCCUCUCUGGUUCCGUCAACCCUCUGGAGGUAUGGGAGGAAGUGGACAUAUCGUCCACUGACUAUGCUCGGAGACGAAGUGAACUUAUACAGAUGAUGGCUGACCUCCGAUCCAUGGGUGCCGACGCGCUGAUCGACUUACCAUCCGUGGUGGUAAUUGGUGGUCAAUCUGCGGGCAAAAGCUCACUCGUAGAGGCCGUCAGUGGGAUCAACGUCCCAAGAGAUAGCGGAACGUGUACAAGAUGCCCUAUGGAAUGUACAAUGUCAAGUCAUGCCUCAUCAUGGUCCUGCACUAUUACCCUACGUAUUGGCUUCGAUCGUAACGGCCUAGACCUCCAAAAACCUACUAAUGUGCCUUUUGGCAAAACGAUCACAGACAAAAGUGAUUUUGAAGUCUGGCUGCGUCGUGCUCAGGCAGCUAUCUUAAACCCGGAUAUUUCUUCUUCUUCUUUUCACACAAAAACUGUCGAGGAACUCAGGAACAUGAAAAACACACUGAAGUUCUCCCGCAACGUGGUAUGCGUCUCGAUUGAAGACCCCGAUGCGACUGACCUAUCAUUCUAUGAUUUACCUGGUUUAAUACAAAACGAGGAAGCCGAAAUCGUCGCCUUGGUGAAGAACUUGGUGGAACAUUACACCAAGAAAGACAACACCAUCAUAUUGACUACAAUUCCCAUGAGCGACGACAUGGAAAAUCAACAAUCCAUGAGUCUCGCCAGGGCCGCAGAUCCUGCUGGCAAGAGGACAAUUGGUGUACUUACGAAACCUGACACACUUGGUGUCGGGGCUAUCAACCAGCGCCGCAAAUGGGUAGAAAUCAUCGAGGGUCGUUCAGAGGAUCACACAUUGAGGCACGGUUUUUACUGCGUGCGUCUUCCCGAUGACGCCGAACGUGCACAACGCCUGUCUCGUGCUGAAUCGCAAAGGCGUGCCACUGAAUAUUUCGACACGACGUCGCCCUGGAAGGACGUUACUGACCGUCAUCGACUUGGAAUUCCAGGCUUUGUUUCAGAUGUGAGCCAAUUGCUCAUUCAAUUGAUCGAAGAAACUUUACCGUGCCUUAGAGACGAUGUCGACAAGCUAUUUGCCAAAUGUAUCAAGGACAUCGACGAAUUGCCGCCGCCUCUUGCAAAUGAUCCGCAAGUUGAGGUGCUAGGACGAGUGAAUGCGUUCUGCGAUGCCUUUAAGAAGUUUGUGAAUGGCAGUCACCAAGACAAAGAUCUUGCGCAGCGGAAUCGUGCUCUCUACACUACUUUCAAGAGGGACAUACGCGGUACUGCCCCCGAUUUUAGGCCCUUUAAUCAACCGGAAGACUUUGUUCCGCUGGAUGAUACGGAGGGCAAUAUGACUCUUUCUGAGCGAGAUCCUGGGGUGAAAGUGUUGGGUAUAUAUGACAUCCGCAAUGUCAUUCAGGAGGCGAUUGGAUGGGAGAUUCCGAACAACGUGCCGUAUCAGGCCAAAGUAAAUCUCAUCGCUCAAUUUACUAAACUUUGGGUUGCUCCGUCUGAGCGCUGUCUUGCGGGUAUCAACGAUGUGCUCGAUCAAGUGAUCAAUGCACUCAUAAGCACCCAUUUUGGACGCUUCAAAGUUCUUCAGGACUACUUUGGAAAUCUAAUUAGAACCCAGGUCGACAUCUGCAAGGCGCGCGCCCAAGUUGCUGUUAGAUCGGCUUUGGAUCUGGAAACUACUCCGCAAUAUACUCAAAACGCGCACUACUUCCAAACGCUCCGCGACAAAUGGCUGUCACAUUAUAAAACAGCUCGAAGUAGACCUUCUCAGUACAAGGCUCAUCAUAUUCGGGGGGAUAAGGAACCUGGACCACGACCUGAGACGCCCAGCCCCCCCAAAGGCCGCUCAAGUCUCGAGAAAGACUAUAAGGAAUGGGGGCAGGAAUGUUCUUCGCCAAUCGGUUCGACACCCUCAGCAUUCUCAUCAGCUGCAUACGCUGUCCCCGCAGAGCCAAAGUCUACUAGUAAGGUUCCUGCUAAACCCCGCACCUCUGCGACUCCACUGGCAGAGACGCCUGAAGACAAAGCUUUGAGAGCUCUUGCAGAAGCGGGGUAUACCAAUCUUCGAGUCUCAGAUCUUGCACGGUUGUUACCUCCCGACUCAUUCGAGGAAGAGCUAGUUGUGAUGGCUGACGUUCGAGCCUAUUAUCAUGUGGCCUACAAGCGCAUCGUUGACCAUAUUCCUCUCACGAUCGAACAUGCUCUCCAUCAUGCUCUAGCGGGACAACUUUCGCAAAGCCUUCUCACGAGCUUGCUGAGUGAUCUUGCGUCUGGGCCUGACUUUUCUGAGCGUAUGAACGAGUUGGUCAGCGAAGAUCCCUCUAUCACUCAGAAACGCAUAAUGCUCUCGACAAAAAGACAACGUAUAUUGGACAUUCGCCGGAGACUCGUGACCUUCAGCAAAAGUACUUGAUCCCCAGGAUCUGGAGGAAGUCACGAUUAUGUUUGUUUGCUGAGCUUUCCAAAUUUCUACAGCCACAUGACGUCCUAUUCAAUGACCUCUUUUGUCGUAUAAAGUGCUAUUUUGGUUUGUGCAGUUGUUGAUGUAUUGUGCAGUUACGUGCUCGCCUAUUGUUGUAUUUCCGCGAAUGCAG